AUGACAGCUACUAACACAGAAUCUUCCCAAACCAUCUGCGAUAAGGUGCCUAGUUCCUCUCCGGCCCGUGGAUCCACGAGCAAAUCACGAUACGCCUCGCAUUCGCAAUCAAAAUCUUGCUCCAAGUCUCCUGAUAACAAUGACCUUGUUUUGCGACAAAGUUCACAUCGUCACAGGUCAAGCAAGAAAAGAAGAAGCAAGUCAGACGAUAAUCUUGGAGAUAGUGAACAUUCUCAUCGCCACCGAAAAUCCAGUCAACAGCCAAGGAGGACCAAGUCAACCAUGUCUUCAAGUUCGCACUCGAAAACGUUAAUUUCAUCAGACGAAACGCUUUCAGUCAGUGAGCAUUCUCAUCGUCGCCCAAGAUCAAGUCAAAGGCAAAGGAGCAAGCCAAAAACGUUGUAUGUCUCGAACGACGAGAUGCCUGAUGACAAUCUAGCGCUUGGCGAACCCACUGAUCGCCCAAAGUCACACCGCUCCCCGAAAAGUGACAGGGAGGCAAAACGGAAAUCGAGACGUAGCACAGCCGCUGCUACACCUGGUGCAGUCCAUGGCUCGUCAUCGGACGAUAAUGAUCCACUCAGCAGCAGACGGUCCGGUCGCCCCAGCUCUAGGCGUCAAAUGAAACUUAAUGAGGAGGCAAAGAUGCGAGCUCGAUCAUUGUCGCAAACCUCAGGGGGUUCUUUGAGUGAGGAGGAGGAGGAGGAUAUGAAUGCAGCUUUGAAGCUAGCAAGUGCAAGAUACAGUAAAAAAAAUGGCCCGGGAGCUUCAAAUAUUAGGCAGCUUCCAAAUGAUGGAUGGCAAAGCAAUCGACCUGGGGCUUCUGCUUCAAAUCAAACAAACAUUCGUGAGCUUCGGAAGAGUGCAAGGCAAAGCGCUCGAAGACCCCCUCCAGGGGCUCAGGGUUUGAUCAGCUCUCAUCGUGCUACUGACAUGAACGCGUUGAGAAUCAGCAGUCGACAGUUCAGAACGGGUAACGAGGAUGGAAUGUGUCCCCUUUCUUCUCAUAUGGUAGCAACGCCUCUUGAGGCGACGGCUGCCCCAGAUGUUGACGAAAUCGAAGCUGCGCUUCAGAGAGGCAGGGAAGAAGGCCAGAAGAUAUUUGUUGCCGCCCCCAGACCCAAAGACAACAAACGCAAAAAGUACAAAUAUAUGCUUGCAGCCUUUGCUGUUUUCGCAAUAACGGUUGGAGUCAUAACAUGGCUAUUCACAUCGAAAGAUUCGGGCGACGUGACAAUAUAUCUAACAUAUGAUCCACCUACAGAAGAAGAUUGUCUAGCAAUCUCGCAAAGAAUGCAAACAGUAGACCAAAUUGGUACGACACUCAGAUCAUUUGGAGUGGAAAUGUAUCUUACGGUGGCUUCUACAGCCAACAUUGUAUUCCUUUUGACAGAGAUUGAGCCGAGCAUGCAGCGAGAUGUUUUACCGGGUAUUGCUGGAUGCGAUCAAGGAUCUUCACAAGUCUCUAAAGGCAAUAUAUUCGUUGUUGAGAACGCUGUGAUAAAGUCGAUCUCCAUCGGUGACUUUGAAACUUGCAAUCAGGGUGCGGAGGAGCUUUGCUCGACUCUUUAUUUGGAGCUUGAUCUCUUUUCGAAAGAUAACGAGGUGGAGAGUGAAGUACUGCUGGACCUAGUGAUGAGACUCUUUCAAAAUGAUGGACUGUUGGAUCUGCUGAGCUUGGAUUCGCCAGUGCAAGACCUUGAUUUUAUCAAGGCAUUUGAACUUCUCCAAUCGCCUGUUCCGAGUUCAAGCCCUUCAAUCCAAGAGGAAAAUAGGUUCCCAUCGCGAGAGAGCUGUGACGCAAUUGCGAAUGGUACGUCUGUCGCGGGACAGGAAGAUCCUGUGGUGGUUGUCAAAGAGUACGACAUUUUGAUGGAUGUUACGUUGGAUUCUGAAAUUGAGGAUCUGUUGCCCUAUGCCAUUCAAUUAGAAGCAAAGAUUCAGCGAAAGCUCAUGCCCUUGUUGGCUGGCUGCACGAAUGAACGUCGGCGUUUGCAGAUGAAAAGCUUCAUUGUCAACGCAAUGGUCGAAGCUGAAGUUAGCAUCUGUGCUGAUUGUUUGUCCGAUUCGGACAGUCCUUGCAAUCGUUAUGUCAUUCACAUUGACAUCUACGCCCGACGUACCGGUUCCUCUGUUGACUUUUUGGGUGAGAUCUUGGGAUUGUUCCGUGAAGGACCGUUAGUAGAGCGAUUGGGGUUACAUUCGCCUUUUGCGAGCAUUGUUGUUGUGGAAAUUGUUUCCAACGAAACCUCUGAAAGUCCAUCUCUGCAUCCAUCGAGAGUCCCACAGACCGAACCACCGUCAUCAGUGAAUGAUUCGACGAGGGCGCCAGUGACAUACCCAACCACAGACGAGCCCACCAGGUCGCCGACAAUAGCAACAACAGUAAAUCCAACAAGAGAACCAACAGGAAUACCGAUCACAUUCCCAACAACAGAAGCCCCUGCCAGUGCACCGACGAAGUCUCCAACACGAAGUCCUACGAAGAGGCCAACCCCUGUUCCAACACUACCACCUGUCGUUGGUCCAACGUCGGAGCCAAGCCGAUUCCCAACAAUACAACCUGUUGCUGGUCCACCGUUGGAGGCAACUCAGCUUCCGACACUACAACCGAGUGCAUCCCCGUCAUCUGAUUCAUCAUCAAGGCCAUCCGCGCCACCAACCGAUGAACCAUCGUCGAACCCUUCAUCCGAGCCUUCUGUUGCAAAGUCGUCGAAACCCUCCGCAUCACCUUCGUUUCACCCUUCUUUAAUCUCAUGCUUUCAAAGCAACGCCGAGCUCUCAGAUGCCGUGGGCAACUGGUUCGCAUCUCUUGUGACAAAGCCAGUUGUCGAGUCUCAAUAUGGGCUGAUAGGGGAUUGGUGUUUUGGCGAAGAUGUGACAACCAUGACAAUGCUAUUCAAGGAUAGGGAAACAUUCAACGAGGACAUUUCGAAUUGGGACGUUGCUUCGGUGACUGACAUGAAAGAAAUGUUCUGGGGAGCAUCAUCCUUCAACCAAGACUUGUCAUCAUGGGACGUUUCUUCUGUCACCAAUAUGAAUAGCAUGUUCUACUCGGUAUCUUCCUUCAAUCAAGACAUAUCAGCCUGGGACGUUUCUUCUGUGACAAAUAUGUAUGGCAUGUUCAGCAACGCAGCAUCAUUCAAUCAAGACAUAACACCAUGGGAUGUUUCUUCUGUCACCAAUAUGAGAUUAAUGUUUUUUGGCGCUGGAUCCUUCAAUCAAGAACUGUCAUCAUGGGACGUUUCCUCAGUAAGGACCAUGCGAGAAAUGUUUGAGGGAGCAUCGGCUUUCAACGGAGACAUAUCAUCAUGGGAUGUUUCCGCUGUAACGACUAUGCAUCAGAUGUUCCAGGGCGCAUCAUCUUUCAAUCAAGACCUAUCAUCAUGGGUUGUCGGUUCUGUCACUUCAAUGCAAAAAAUGUUCAGCGGGGCAUCAACUUUCAAUAGCAACUUGUCAUCAUGGGAUGUUUCUUCGGUCAUCCCCAUGCGACAAAUGUUUAACGGUGCUUCAUCAUUCAACGGCGAUAUUUCAGCAUGGGAUGUUUCUUCCGUCACUACAAUGAAUCAAAUGUUCAAUGGUGCAAUUUCCUUCAACCAGAACUUGUCAUCAUGGAAUGUUUCUUCUGUCACUGAUAUGAGGGGAAUGUUCCUUAAUGCUAACGCCUUCGACAAGAAUCUUUGUCCAUGGGGGGCACUUCUUCCCAGUACAGUCGAUGCUGUCGACGCAUUUUCAUUGACCAGCUGUCCUUCACCAGGUAGCCCAAACCUCUUGUCGAGUCCACCAGGGCCACUUUGCCACUUUUGUGUCUAA